GAUAAGUCAUCCACCAUCUUUCGUCAUCAGUCCAAUGUUCAGAAGGUGCCAGAUACGGGAGUUGGCACGACUCGGCCUCCGAAUAUCUUGUGGUCUGACCAAACAACCCCAUUCACUCCUCGUAUAAACUCUGCUUGGAGAACUUCCCAGCCAUCCCCUCCUUUCCACACCCCAAACACCGACAAGAGAACAUAAAUCACCACUCUUACCGGCGGAAACCCACGCUCUCAUCAGCCCCAAUGGCAGACACCGACGUCCCCAAAACCCUGCCCCCGGGCACCACGGAUACCACCAGCACCACCCUCCUCACUCCCAUCAACAUCAUCCUCAUCUCCAUCCUCCUCUACCUCGUCUACCUGCGCCUCCGUCCGCAAGCCCCGCAAACACUCCCCAAAGCCCCCGCGCCCACCGUCUUCCGCACAUUUACCCCGCCGACACUCCUCCCAUACAACGGCCUCAACGGCAAACCCAUCUACUUUGCCGUGCGGGGCCGUGUGUUCGACGUGUCGACAGGCGCCUCGUUCUAUGGGCCAGGAGGCCCCUAUGCGAACUUCGCAGGGCGUGAUGCGUCUCGCGGCCUUGCGUGUGGCAGUUUUGAUGAGGAUAUGCUGACCAAGGACCUCACCGGGCCUUUGGAUGAUCUGAAGGGUUUGGGCGCGGAGGAGAUGGAGGCGUUGAGGGGCUGGGAGGAGCGGUUUGAAGAAAAGUACUUGGUUGUGGGGAAGAUCGUGGCCGUGGGGAGUGAGGAGGCAAUAAAGGCGGAGAAGCUCGAGAAGGAGUUGGGAUUGAAUCCGCUAUAGGUGGAUUUGUUCUUCGGGCGUCUUUUGAUGGGUGGAUGAAUUACGGGAUAUCUCUCUUUUGGAAUCCGCCAUAUCUCGUGUACGGUCGGAUCUGGAUUGAAAAAGAGUAGUAGUGUUGAUCCAACAUUGACAUGUGCUUCGCUUCUAUGUGUAAACGCAUAAUAUCAAACAGCAUACAGCGC